AUGGAAAACAGCAGCGUCUCCUUUUACUUUAACUUCACCAUGUUCAUGAGAAUCGGACAGUACCGCUACGUCGCCUUUGUCUUCUGCCUCCUGCUGUACAGCUUCAUCGUUUGUGCCAAUGUUCUCAUCAUAUGGAUAAUACUGCGGGAGAGCACGCUGCAUAAGCCCAUGUAUGUCUUCAUUGCAUUUCUGUCUAUUAACUCUCUGUAUGGUUCGGCUGGUUUCUUCCCCAGAUUCCUCAUGGACCUCCUGUCUGACACUCAUCUGAUCUCCCGUCCUGCUUGCUUCACUCAGAUCUAUAUCAUUUACACAUAUGCGUCCUAUGAACUGAGCAUCCUGAGCAUCAUGGCUUAUGACAGAUACGUCGCUGUGUGCCAUCCUUUACACUAUCACAGAAAGAUGACCCCUAAAACUGUCUACACUUUGGCAUUUUUUGCUUGGGUCUUGCCAGCCGGUAACCUUUCAAUAACCUUGAAUAUGAUUGUGAGGCUUCCUUUAUGUGGCAACAAAAUAGAGAAGGUAUACUGCGCCAGCUGGAAUAUUGUAAAAAUAUCCUGCGCCACCGCCGCUGUCAACAACAUUGGUGCUAUGCUGGGAGCCAUAGUCAUAGCCUUCCUUCCUUUUGCUUUUAUCUUGUACACUUAUCUCCGAAUCGUGCUCGCUUGUUGGAAAAAUGCAGCAGAGGUCAGAGCAAAGGUGCUGCAGAGUUGUCUUCCACAUGUCGUUUCCUUUGUGGUUUACUCCAUCACUUCGUUUAGCGACACCGCCCUGAGCCGGCAGAGUCACGUCAAUCCGUUUGCGGCUGUAAUUUUGUCAAUAGAGUUUAUCGUCAUUCCUCCGCUUCUGAAUCCUCUCGUGUACGGCCUUAAACUACCAGAGAUCAGACGACACAUUGUUAGGAUUUUAUACUUAGAUAAAAUGACUUCCUGCAGACCUUUAGCAGAGUUUGCACAUGUGCCGUGA